AUGGCCAAAGGCUCCUCGCAGGGACUAGGGGACAGUGGGAAGGAGCUCACGGCGGGGGGGGGGGGGGGGGCAAGGGACCCGGGGCCGGCGGCCAGGGCGCGGGAUGGACGGAGCCGCGGACAGACAGACGGACAUACCCGGGGCGCGCGCGGGCCCUCUAGGCUGUCGGGGCCUGGCCUGGCCAGGCAGUCGGGCCUGCGAGAGGCAGGACCAGGCGCGAUGGGCCCGGGCAGCCUGGACGGCGGCUCCUCCCGACCCGUGUCCAGGGCCGUGCGGGCGCGGGGCAGGCGCGGACACGGCCCCCCGCCUCGGCCGCUGACGUCACGGCCCAGCCUGGCCGCCCCACGUGUGGACACUCGGGGCCGGACUCGGCCCCGCCGCCCGGAGACCCCCGAGGCCGAGGCCCCCCGGGGCGCGCUGGCCUUGCUGGAUGGACCCCGCAAGCGGCUGCCGCAGGCCAUCAUCGUGGGCGUGAAGAAGGGCGGCACGCGCGCGCUGCUGGAGUUUCUGCGCGUGCACCCCGACGUGCGCGCCGCGGGCGCCGAGCCGCACUUCUUCGAUCGCAGCUACGACCGGGGCCUCGCCUGGUACCGGGACCUGAUGCCCAGGAGCCUGGACGGACAGAUCACCAUGGAGAAGACGCCCAGCUACUUCAUCACCCGGGAGGUGCCAGCCCGCAUCUCGGCCAUGGCCAGAGACACCAAGCUCCUCGUGGUGGUGCGGGACCCAGUGACCAGGGCCAUCUCGGACUACACGCAGACGCUCUCCAAGAGGCCUGACGUCCCCAGCUUCGAGAGCCUGACGUUCCGGAACAGGACCGCGGGCCUCAUCGACGCAUCCUGGAGCGCCAUCCAGAUUGGCAUCUAUGCCAAGCACCUGGAGCGCUGGCUGCGCCACUUUCCGCUGGCUCAGAUGCUCUUUGUCAGCGGGGAGCGGCUCAUCAGCGACCCGGCGGGUGAGCUGGGCCACGUCCAGGACUUCCUGGGCCUCAAGAGGAUCAUCACCCACGAGCACUUCUACUUCAACAAGACCAAGGGCUUCCCGUGCCUGAAGAAGGCGGAGGGCAGCGGCAGACCCCACUGCCUGGGCAAGACCAAGGGGAGGACCCACCCGGAGAUGGACCAGGAGGUGGUGCAGAGGCUGCGUGAGUUCUACCGGCCAUUCAACCUCAAGUUCUACCAGAUGACUGGCCGUGACUUUGGCUGGGAUGGAUAG